CGCCGGCUGGUCCGCCACCCCCCCCACCCCCCCCACCCCCCCCCCCCCCCCCCGGCUGACAGUUGCCUGGUUCUGAGCUUUUAAGUUUCCGCCUCGUGGGGGCGGGGGUGGGGGAUGGAGUCCUCGCGGCCGGCCGGGCGAGGCAGGCGCGUCUUGGAGCCAUUUUGGGGGAAUCCCGCGAGUCUGGGGAGCGUCCCCCGCGGCCUCCCUCGGGGUGCUCAACUUUGAGCCGCGGCGGACUCCACCGGGCUCCCUCCGCGGCAGGCCCGGGGAAUCAGCCGAUUUGAAUAUUCACGACUUCCUCCGCGACUUCCCUUGGCCACCCUGACCCCCACUUUGGGAACACCCCUCCUGUGUUUUCCUUCCGGAGUCUGAGCCGAGGCGUCGUGUGGGCAGCAGGCCCGGCUCUGGCUGCUGGGUUUCGGCACCGUCUCCGAAGUCCGGAGAGUCUCGCGACCCCUCCCCCUCCCCCUCCUCCCAAGGCCAGAAUCGGGCAUCCACGGGGAACGCUCCUUGCGGCCGGGACACCCAUCCCCUGAGGGUCAGGGACCUGCCAGCCCAGGCUUAUUCCAGAACAUGGCCCUGGGUCUAGGGCAAGGAGACCCAGGGCCUUCCCAGCUGACCCUUAAUGCUGUGGCGCGCUGCAGGAGCAGAAGGGCGAGCUGCGCAAGCGGCUGUCCUACACCACGCACAAGCUCGAGAAGCUCGAGACUGAGUUCGACUCCACGCGCCACUACCUGGAGAUCGAGCUGCGGCGCGCGCAGGAAGAGCUCGAGAAGGUCACGGAGAAGCUGCGCAGCCAGGCUUGCAAGAAUCGUGUUUAAAUGUGAGUACUGGCUCCGAGCAAGGACCGGACAAAGUCACUUGAUUCAGAGCAAUUACAUGGCGCUGCAGCGGAUCAACCAGGAGCUAGAGGACAAGCUGUACCGCAUGGGCCAGCACUAUGAGGAAGAGAAGCGAGCGCUGAGCCACGAGAUUGUUGCCCUCAACAGCCACCUGCUGGAGGCCAAGGUGACCAUCGACAAGCUGUCGGAGGACAAUGAGCUCUAUAGGAAGGACUGCAAUCUAGCGGCCCAGCUGCUGCAGUGCAGCCAGACGUACGGCAGGGUCCAUAAGGUGUCCGAGCUGCCCUCCGACUUCCAGGAACGUGUGAGCCUGCACCUGGAGAAGCACGGCUGCGGCCUGCCCUCCCCACUCUGCCACCCCGCCUACGCCGACAGCAUCCCCACCUGCGUCAUCGCCAAGGUGCUGGAGAAGCCCGACCCCGCCAGCCUGUCCUCCCGCCUGUCUGACGCCUCGGCCCGCGACCUGGCCUUCCGGGAUGGCGGGGAGAAGCCGGGCCCACGGCCCCCCUACAAGGGGGACAUCUACUGCAGCGACACGGCCCUCUACUGCCCCGAGGAGCGGCGGCGCACCAGGCGGCCCAGCGUGGACGCGCCCGUGACCGACGUGGGCUUCCUGCGGGCCCAGAACUCCACCGACAGCGCGGCCGAGGAGGAGGAGGAGGCCGAGGCGGCCGCCUUCCCCGCGGGCUUCCGGCACGAGGCCUUCCCGGGCUACGCGGGCUCGCUGCCCACGUCCAGCUCCUACUCCAGCUUCAGCGCCACGUCGGAGGAGAAGGAGCACGCCCAGGCCAGCACGCUCACCGCCUCGCAGCAGGCCAUCUACCUGAACAGCCGCGACGAGCUCUUCGACCGCAAGCCGCCGGCCGCCGCCUACGAGGGCAGCCCGCGCUUCGCCAAGGCCACGGCCAGCGUGGCAGCGCCACUGGAGGCCGAGGUGGCCCCGGGGUUUGCGCGGACCAUGUCGCCGUACCCCGCCGAGUCCUUCCGCUUCCCGGCCUCCCCGGGCCCCCAGCAGGCCCUGAUGCCCCCAAACCUGUGGAGCCUGCGGGCCAAGCCGGGGACGGCCCGGCUCCCCGGGGAGGACGCGCGGGGCCAGUGGCGGCCCCUGAGCGUGGAGGACAUCGGUGCCUACUCCUACCCGGCCACCGCCGCCGGCCGCGCCUCGCCCUGCAGCUUCUCUGAACGCUACUACGGCAGUGGGGGCAGCCCGGGCAAGAAGGCCGAGGGCCGCGCCAGCCCCCUCUAUGCCACCUACAAGGCCGACAGCUUCUCGGAGGGUGACGACCUCUCCCAGGGCCACCUGGCGGAGCCCCGCUUCCUCCGGGCCGGCGGCGACCUGAGCCUGAGCCCGGGCCGCGCGGCCGACCCGCUGCCCGGCUAUGCGCCCAGCCAGGGGGAUGCGGAGAGGCUCGGGGUGCAGCUGUGCGGGGCGGGCGGCAGUCCCGAGCCCGAGCACAGCCCCCACAGUUCCAGGGACUCCUUGGAGCCCAGCUCCAUGGAGGCCUCCCCGGAGAUGCACCCCGCCGCCCGCCUCAGCCCCCAGCCGGCCUUCCCGCGGACUGGUGGCUCGGGGCUCAGCCGCAAGGACAGCCUCACGAAAGCCCAGCUCUACGGAACCUUGCUCAACUGAGCGCCUGCCUGCAGGCUGCGGCCAGGGGGGCCCCCACCCACCCACCCCCGGGCCCCGAGGGCACAGCUCGCCUCCCCCCUAGACACCCGUCCUCCCCAGUCCCUGCCAACCGGGACCCUCUCUUCCACCCGACCCAGUUGAGCCUGAGCGGAGGACCCCUCCCCCACCAUCCUGUCCACCCCAGCCCCACCACGGUGGAACGUUUUUCACACACCAACAUCCUUCCCCACCUGAGAUGAGCAUCCCCCCCUUUUAUAAAGUGAAACUAUUUUUAUAGAGAAAAAGGGUCUUUCUUAACGCACUUGGCCUCCAGCUCCCUGGACGGCAGCCUUGGCGUUUUCAACACAAAGCUCCUUUAUUUUUCGGGGGAGGACAGCGGGGCCUGCCCCUGGGAGGGGAAGGACGGUGUCCUGUGGAGACACCCCAGCGAGCCAGUGACAGGGGAGCCCGUAGCUCUGUCCGCGAAGAGGGGAGGUGGACCGGGUGGGGGGGAUGUGAAAUGUUUCUAAACUGUUUUCGCCGUGUGACCGACACACCGCCCCAGCUCUCCUGUGGUCCGUAGUCCCGAGUGGGGCCGGUGCUCGUCCCCCAGCGUCCCGCUCCCCGGCACCACCUCGCUCUACCUCAGACGUAAUGAGGCCCUCGGACUCCCAGUUUCUGUGGCUUGCUCUCCCGUUGUCUGCGAUGCAUGCCCUGUCUCGGUUAGUACUGUACUUUCGUUCAUUAAUAAAAGACAUCAGUGGAAAGAA